CGCUGCGCACGGCACCACACAAUAGUGGCGCGCUAAUUCGAGAAGAAACAUAGGGAAGACUGUCAGUGUCUUCGUUUCUGCAACAGCACAUUUUCAAGACGCGAGCGCGCCGAGAUGUCGCAGGACACGGGAAUCGUGACAGCCAAGGUGGUGGCGAUGGUGGUGCUGGGCGGCGCCUCCACGCUGCUGGGCCUCACGCCGCUCAUAUUCAGCCGGCUGCACAGGCGGCGCGCCGGGGGCGGCGGCGGGGGCGGCGGGGGCGGCCGGUACCAGCUGGGCUCCAGCCCCUGCGCCGCGCUCUUGAUCUCGCUGCUGCUUGCCUUCGGGGGCGGCGCGCUGCUCUGCACCACGUUCCUCCACCUGCUGCCCGAGGUCCGCGAGGCGGUGGAGGAGCUGCAGGAGUCGGGCACGCUGGUGGAGACCAAGUUCCACCUGCCGGAGCUGCUGAUGUGCUCGGGCUUCUUCGCGAUGUACCUGGUGGAGGAGCUGGUGCACCUGUACCUGCACCACCGGCGCCGCCGUGCCUCGCCCCACCGGCUGCAGUGCGGGCCCGGCGCCCAGACGGCCGACUCUGCGCUCCACCGGUCGCUCAGCAAGCGGCGCUGCUCGCGCGCCGACGCCUCCUGCCCGCCGUCGCUCGCAGACCAGCCCGACGCCUGCGACGCCCCCGCACAGGGCGCCGGCGUCACCGUCUCCAACGGCGCCGCGGCCGGACUGCCCGCCGAGAGUGAACGUGUGCUGGUCCUGGAGGGCCUGCGCGUGGUGGCGGUCGACCUGGAGAAGAAGCUGAGCGCGCCGCAGCAGGCAGGGGAGACGAAGAGGCCGUCCUUGCAGGAGGACGACCCCUACCUGCUGUCUAGCAGCAGCCAGCAGCUGAUCAGGGAGGUGCCCAAGCCGCAGCCCGCCAUGCUGGGCGGCUCCAGCGGCAGCGACCCGAAGGUGUCGCCAGUCGGGCUGAACAGUGCGGACGAGAAGAAAUUAUCAAACGGUACCAACACGUGGGCAGACACCAACAGCAACCAUCCAUCCAAGCCGGUGCAUCACCCGGCCAAGCACGUGCACCACGGGCAGGCGCACGUGCACGUACACCUGGACGUCGAUGACGUCGACGGGGACGACUCUGUGCUGUCGUCGCUGCGUGGCCUGCUGAUCGUCCUGGCGCUCUCUGUCCACGAGCUGUUCGAGGGGCUGGCCGUCGGCCUGCAGGAGACGGCGAACCUGGUGUACUACAUGAUGGGGGCGGUGGCUGCGCACAAGCUGGUGCUGGCCUUCUGCGUGGGCGUGCAGCUGAUCGCGGCGGGCACGCGGCCGCGCUACAUCGUCUGCUACGUGCUCACGUUCGCGCUCGUCUCGCCCAUCGGCAUCGGCGUCGGGCUCGCUCUGGGGACGGAGGAGGGCUCCAGCGUGGGCUCGUCGGCGGCGACGGCGACGCUGCAGGGCCUGGCGUGCGGCACGCUGCUCUACGUCGUCUUCUUCGAGAUCCUCCAGCGGGAGGCCAAGGGCAUCCGCCAGUACUUCGCCACGGCGGCCGGCUUCCUCAUCAUGUUCGCCGUCCUCAUCACAACUUCUGAAGAGCACGACCACGGACACAGCCACGGCCACGACCACGACCACGACGAGGAGCACGAGGAGGCGGUCACGACCGCUGCCACCGCGGCCUUCUCCGCCAUCACUGACGCCGUUACCAGCCUAGUGAUCGCUCGCUGACCUGUCGCUGUUUCUCCUACGUAGGCGGCAUCGUCGCCGUCGACUCCAAUCGAUCAGUUUCAGGGCGUGUCUAGUGGAUCGAUCUUGUGGACAGUUCUUGCUGUGAUCGCUCGAAUCGCUACCGUGCCAUUGGAAGUAGGCAGACAGAGUCGACGAGUUCAUCGGCUCGUUCCUGUGGACAUUUUUCGGUUUGGACAGUCACUUCGAUGCACUCACGUCGGUGUUAUUUUUGCUGUUUUAUUUUCGUCAAAUUUAAAAGUAUCCUGCUGCCGGAGACGUCAUUGUCAUCAUCAGCAGUAGAACGUCUGACCCCAGAACGUGGGAGGACUGUGCAAAUAGCGUGUGUUACUCGACUGCCUUCGAUCAACGAAGGACAUUGGCAUUACUGUGCCUUAUACCAAAGAGCUAGUUUUUUAUACGCUGUACCUGAUUAAUGACCAGGUGACUGUUACAUAUGUGAUAUCUUGGAACCAAAUUAUAUUGAGUUCUAGCAAGUCAGUAUUUGACAUAAUGAACAUAUUGUUCGUGUAACUUUCGCAAAGGAAUAUAUUUUUAUACUGAGUGCUAAUCAUGCGUAAUUCGACAGUUUUUGACGAGAUUCGUCUUACGUCACGUUUGGUGCUGCUAAAGCUAAAGUGCCAUGGAAAUUGACUGUGAACUACGGAAUGCAGUGGCUGAGAAUCUGAACGUCCGUUCUUCAUACCUCGCACAGUAACUGGUAAUUUAGUGUGUUUUAUGUAGGAGAUGUGGGGAAGUAGUUACCCGUGUUGAAUCGUAUGAUCAGUUUUUGUCUCACUUGAGACAGUGAUUGUGAAAAGCUAAAGCUGAUUCGGAUUAAGUGGUGAAAGUGUCGGUACUUCUUAAAACUAAGAAAAAAAUGGUUAAAGAUGAAUAGGCAACAUUCUGUUUGUCCAUUAAGUGCCAAAGACUUCCGUAAUCAGAUAAUUAUUAAAGCACGUUGUUUUUCAAUAUGGGAAAAGUAACAAAAAAGACACUAAAGUAACCAGUAAAAGAUUGUAAACAUUCUUGUAUCCUAAGAUGAUGUCCUAGGAGCUUUUAGUCACAUUGCAGCCAAACUUUGUAUUUCAAUAGUGUUUGUACAAAGUGUAGUAGCGAAAUGUCAUCGUAAACAUAUUUUAAAGUAAAAAAUACUAUUUUUGAA